ACCCCAGACCCAACCCCAACACCAAACCUCAUAACCACCACCGCACCCGAAUACCUCGCCCUCCUCACCGACUACAACGUCACCAGCUUCAUCACAACCUCCAUCUACCUCACCGUUCCCCCUCCCUCUUCCCCCUCUUCCCCCGACGAGUGUACCAACACCAUCAUCUGGAUCUUCGACCUCACGCUCAACGGCGAGGAGGAGUUUCCUAUCAAGGGCAUUGGGUUGUUUGAUUUGGUUUGGGUGGCGGUGGCGGAGGUGGAGAGGUGGGUGGCGGUUAGGUUUGAGGUGGAGUUUAAUGCUUUGGCCGCUCUGGGGGCGGAGGAGGGGAGGGGGCCGGAGGUUGGUGGUCGUGGGGGACGGGGAGGGAGUGAGGUGGAGGAGUUGAUGGGGUUGGUUGAGGAGAGACGUCUAACCUGA